AUGACAGCCUGGACCACCCUGGGGCACCUCACCUCGCUGCAGAGCCUGGAUGUGGACGCGCGGGAGUGGCAGCUGGGCGCUGACGUGGCGCUGCCCGCCUCGUUGACCCGCCUCCACAUCUCAAGACACGGGGCAGAGGAGAUGCCCGCCCAGGUGGCGGCCCUGUCCAACCUGCGCAGCCUCCAUCUCUUGUGCGUUGGCUACCGCUCAGCCAACCUGCGCCAGCUCGCUUCGCUGCACCACGCGGCAUUCACGGGUUGCCACCUGCCAGACAGCCUGUCGGAGCUGACUCAGCUGCAGGUGCUGGAGGUUUGCAGUCCUGACAGCCCAGCGGAUGCUGUGGCAUCCAGCCUGGGCGGCGCCCUGCGGCGCCUCACCCAGCUGACGGGGCUGUGGCUGGAAGAACUGCCCGCUGCAGCCGUGGACCUGGCAUUGUUGGCGCCACUGAGCCGUCUGCAGUGGCUGUACCUGGAGCUGGGGGACUCAGCAGAUUAA